AUGCGCUCCCAAAUUAUGAUCCGGAUUAAAUCGUGGGAUAAGUGAGCUCUCAUAUGCAACAUAACAGCUUUUUUAAACAAGUUCUGGGUCUUGAAAUGAAGUAAUAAGCAAGAAUAAGAACACACAAAUACAAAUAACAUCAAAAAUUUUUAAAAACUUAAAAUUUGUUAAAACAUGUUAUGAUUAAUUUGGUCCCACCACGAAAACGGAUUUUGCGAAAUAUUUGGCCUUCUGUUAAAAUUGAAAUGAUAAAAUAACAUUUUACAAUGUUAUACAGCACAGAAGCAUAAAAUUUAGUAUUUUCGAGUGUAAACUCUUAAAGUUAUUAUCAAAAAUUUAAAAUUUAAUUGUUUUAGAGACCUGAGUGAGAAUCAACUGGCUUUCUUGACCGAUGAUCACCUUGUUGGACCGAAAUCGAUGCGAAAUCUUCAGCUGGACAAAAAUAGGUUGACAUGUUUGGACAGUCAAUUCAUUUCAAGCUGGACCGAUUUAGAAAUCUUGACUUUAAAUGGCAACAGUCUAAAUACACUUGGAGAGAUUGUUGUCAAUCCUAAUUUAAGAGUUUUGUAAGUGUUACUUAAACUUAUGUAUAUAGUUUUGGGCUUAAAAGAUGCGCCAGAAACUUCUCUGAGAUUGAUGUAAAAUACGUUGUAUUUUUAUUAAAAUUAAUGUUAUUCACGACAAUCUUUUUAAAAUUGAAGUUGUUGUAUUAAAAAAUAGUUUGUGACCAUUUAUUCAUAAGCUAUGUUAAUGAUUUAUAGCUUAGAAGAUGUAGCAGAAUCUCCUCUACAAUUUGGUAUCUUUAUCUUUACUUAAGGUUUUGUAACAAGUUUUUUUAAAUUAUAUUAUUUUCACCGUAACUCGAAAAAAUCAUGGAUAAUAUCAAAAGCUCAAUUUCAGCCGCUUGUUUGACAAUCCAUGGCACUGCGACUGUCGUAUGAAAUGGUUGAAGAACGUGGCUAUGACUACCGAAUUAUUAUCCAACGUAAAAUGUCAUCGUCCAGCCAUGUUACAAGGUCGAAACAUAGCCAAUGUUGAUAUUCAGUAUAUGAAGUGUUCUGGUAUCGAAAAGCGAGCGGCUUCAUCGUGUACUGAAGCCAGAGUGUGUCCAGCAGUUUGUACUUGUACUGAUACUACAAUGGAUUGUAGAGACAGGGGAUUGAAGUAUAUUCCGGUUAAUUUGCCGACUUCAACUACUGAAAUGUAAGUUGAGGUAUCUUUUGUUUGCGGAGUUGGUGGCUUUUUGGAUUUUAUAAAGUGUUUUGCAGAAGGCUGGAGCAAAAUCACAUUACUUCGAUACCUAAAGAUGUGUUUAAGAACCUGAAGAAUCUUCGGAGAUUGUAAGUUGGCUGCUAUAAUGUAAAUGCUGACUGAACUUACUAAAACAAUAAAUAAAAGGUUUCAGAAUUACGAUUUUGACGUUUUUUUUUAAUUUUUAAAAAUUUGUGAAAGAUUUAACUGUUAAAACUUUUAUUUUCAGAGAUUUGUCCAAGAACAAUAUAAAUUCAGUGGAAUCUGGAGCUUUCAAUGGCUUGGAAUCGUUGAACACGCUGUAAGUUUAUAAAAAUGGUUAUUUUUUAAAUUAUUAUUUUUAUGGUUUUGAUAAAUGAAAAAAAAAUUAAUUUUUAAGUGAUUUAGUGACAAAAUAAAGUAUGUAGAAUACACAAACAUCAUUUUAAAACAAUUUUUUAUAACUUAAAUUCAGAGUUCUCUACGCCAACAACAUCACCGAGCUCCCCGAAGCUGUAUUUGACCCAUUGACUGAACUUCAACUUCUGUUAUUGAAUGCUAACAAGCUGAAAUGUCUACGACAAGACAUAUUUAAGAAGCAGAACAAACUGAAUUUACUGAGUUUGUACGAUAAUGAGAUUAAAAGUUUGGCCAAUGGUACCUUUGCGACGUUGGAAGUGCUACAGACCUUACAUUUGGCUAGGAAUCCAUUGAUUUGUGAUUGUAAUUUGGUGGGUUUUUAAUGAUUAAUCCUAUUUUAGAUGUUUGUGUUGUUGAAUAUAGUAGAAAAGGGCAGAAAAUGAAAACAGAAAAAAUUUUUUAAAAAGAAAAAUGAGGCUUUUAGUGUCUGCACGGUGCAGUUUUUGGCAAUAAACUGAUUGCACGGUGCAGUUAUUUUGGAUGCUUGAUAAAAUGGCUUGGACUGAAAUAAUUUUUAAAAUUUUGCUUUUUUAGAUAAAAGGAGAUUCUAAAAUUUUUAAUUUUAGUAUUAAAAUUUAUUUUCGUAUUUUACAUUAUUUAUUUUUUGAAAGUAAAAAUAUUGCACCGUGCAGUUAAUUAUAGGUUGUUCAAAUAAUUUUGAACUUCUCUCAAAACAAAUUUUUGAGGUUAAGUGUCUUAGAAUUAUUUGAACAACUUGAUAAUUGCUUUUUUUUUGUUUUAAAACCAAUAAUAAAUGUUUUGUAGUAAUAUUUUAGGUAACAAAAAUUCAAAUGACGUAAAAGUGCUUUUAAAACAAAUGGCAAAAAUUUUAGGAAUGGCUAGCCGAAUACCUCCAAAAUCAUCCAAUUGAGACGAGUGGUGCCAAAUGUGAAGGUCCAAAGCGAAUGGCCAAGAAGAAGCUGACCAAUGUUCAACCAGGGAGCUUCAAGUGUAAAGGUAUAACUAGUUUUAAUUGUCUUUAGAGGCAUAAGUUGCCAAAUCUAAUGUUAUGUAGUCUAAGAAAAUUUCAUUCCACCUAUUUUUGUCAAUAACAACUUUUUAGGAUCAGAAAUCUUUGUCACAAAAUCGGCGGGCGAAUGUUUUAUCGACUAUUCCUGCCCAACCGACUGCUUUUGUCAUCAUAGUGUUGUCGAUUGCAGUGGUAGAGAGCUGACAAGCAUCCCAAAUGACAUUCCAAGGUUUACUACUGAACUGAAGUUGAAUAGAAACAAUUUGAAAGAGGUGAAGGUGGCUGAUGGGCUUAGUGAACUUAAAAAUUUGAGAAAAUUGUGAGUUUUUAAGUAGUUUUUGGGAGUUUUUAUCUAAUUUUGGUUAAAAUCUUUGAGGUUUUUGAAGAAUAAUGUGUUAUUAUGUUGCAACAUGUUGUGAAAAGACAUUGGAAUGAAGUUUUUAAAAUAUAUUUGCGUAAUUUCGGCUUUAUUUAAAAAAGAAAAUGAUUUGCACGGUGCAGUCAUUGAAAUUAUAUAAAUUGCACCGUGCACCUAUUUUAAACGGCGUUUUCAGAUACAAGUUGAUAUUAAAAUGGCAAAAACUUUGUUUACACACUGCAAAAAAAGAUUUUUUUUUCAAAUUUGUAAAAAAAAUGAUAUCAGAUUUAGAUUGCACGGUGCAAUCAUUAGUUUUUAAAACUGCACUGUGCAAGUUAUAAAAAAUGUUUUGAAAUUAUGAAAUUUGGUAUUUCAGGUAACGAAAAUUUCUUUUUUUUUUUGGUAUUUUCGGAAAUAAAAUAAUUUUUUGGUAUUUUAGGUAAUAAAAUUAACUUUUUUUAGUAUUUUAGGUAACAAAAAUUUAGUUUUUUGUUAUUUUUGGUAAAAUAACAAGGACUUUCUUUACAAGUCAUAAAAUUACAAAAACUUUCUUUACAAAACAUAUUGAGGAUAAUUUCAGAGACUUGAGUGAAAACCAGAUAGUGAACAUCGAAAAUAGAGCCAUGGACGAAAUGAGAAGCCUGAAAGAACUUAAUGUGUCAUCAAAUCAAAUUCGUCAUUUUUCGACCAAAAUCUUGGGCAAAACCGCUCAUUUUCUGGAAAUUCUGUAAGUUUGUGUUUUGUAAAUACGCUUCUUUGUCUUUGCUUACUAUUGUUUAUUUUUUAUAUAAUCUUCAAUUUUUAUGAUUUUUUAGUUAGGUGGUUCGAAUAAUUCUGUUCUCCGCUUAAAGCAAAAUUUUUGGAGUUUGGGGUACAGAAUUAUUUGAACAACCUGGUGAUUUUUUUUGUUUUUUUUUAUUUUGAUUAUUUUUCAAUUUACAGUGACAUUUCUGAUAACCGGUUAAUGUGUGUGACUCAACCAACGUUUGGUGGCUUUAACAAUCUUCAGUUUUUGUAAGAUUUUGUUGGUUUUUAUUUUUUUUUGAUUUUCAUUUUACAAGGACAAUGUCAAAAGGUGUAUCUAAAGCUCGGGCAUAUGCAGGGACGUGGCUACAGAUUUUGUUUGGGGGGGGAGGAGGUCGAAAGGUACCCCCUCCCCCAGAGCCGAUCCGAAAAAAAUUCCACAGGUAGGUGGUGCCUGUACGCAAAAAAAACCAAAAAAAAAAUUUUUUGGAAAAUCGAUGUCCCUGCUGUGGACCGAUUUUUCAACUGUGGACUUUUUUUUGGAUUGGCUCUGGGGGGUACCCUACCCCCCCCCCAGACGACGUCCCUGGGCAUAUGGUAUAGCAAAGAAAGAUUUUAAGGUUGUCGAAAUUUAGAAUCUGUUUUUAAAAGUCUCAGAACUUGUUUUGACCGAGUUAUGAUUGACACACACUCCUUUUGACUUUUUUUGAGAAUUAUUUGUUAUAAUGUUUAUUUUUUUUUUAAAUAACGUUUUCAAAACGAAUAUUGUAAUUAAAAUAGGAUGAACUUAAGUUUAUUUUAGAUCAUUGGCUAAGAACGACCUUCGCUGCAUCACUGAGCAUACGUUCAAUAACUUGAGUAAUAUCAAAAAUUUGUAAGUGGUUUAAAACUGAAACUAUCUUAUAACGAACUUCUCUCUAUAACGAAUCUCUCUAUAGCGAACUCUUCUAUAAAAAGGUUUCAAUAUAACGAGCAAAUUUUAAUUUAAAUCUCUGAGCGAGUUGGUAUACAGUAUCACUUUACUUCAUUUUUGAUUUUUUAGGUACUUAGCCGAAAACGAGUUUCACUGUGACUGUCAUUUGAAGAAUUUCAUUGAAAAUGUGAAUCAUCACCUGGGUAGUAAGAUAUUUGAUUCUCCGCUGUGUACUGGGCCUAAAGAACUUUAUGGAAGAGAGCUGUUGACUUUAAAGGCUGAUAAACUUGUUUGUGAUGGUAGGUUUAUUGUUUUGUAAAAUACCUUUGAAAGUCUUUUCGACAUGAUUAUGGUUUAUAUAUUUUUAGGCGAUUCAUUUAGUAUUUGUGCUGAAAACGGCAAUUUUUGUCCAGCCGGCUGUCAAUGCGAAAACAAGACUGUGCGAUGUUCUGGUAGAGGCUUUAAAGAGUUUCCACUUGGUAUACCAUCGGAUACUGAAGAGUUGUAUCUGGAUAACAAUGAAUUGAUCAGUAUUUCACAAAAACAUUUCAGUCGAUUGCCAAAUUUAUUGAAAUUGUGAGGGUUUUAAUCAUUUUUUGAAAUUUUUUUAACUUUCAAAGAUUUUAAAUGACAUUUUUUAUAAGUGGAGGUAAUGAUUACGUAUUUCACUGAUAUUUUUAAGAGAUCUGUCCCAAAACCGUCUAAAAAUCGUGGAAAGCAACCUCUUCUCAACCCAACAACAUCUACAUACCCUAAUAUUGGCCUACAACAACAUCCAAUGCCUAGAAGAACAAGCCUUCUCAGGUCUUCUGAAUCUAAAAAUCUUGUCGUUGCACGGUAACUACAUCUCCAGACUUCCAGAAUCCGCCUUCAUUGACCUAAAACAAAAUCUAAGUCAUAUUGCAGUAGGCGCCAAUCAUUUACAUUGUGAUUGCCGGCUAAAAUGGUUCUCACAUUGGAUCAAGGAACGAUUUGUAGAGCCAGGAAUAGCACGGUGUGAGUCACCGGAUGAGCUACGCAACAAGCUACUGUUGACCUCGAACGAAGCCAGAUUCGAGUGCACGAUAAACAAGAAGGUCGAUGUCAAAUGUGAUGCAUGUGCUGUGAAUCCGUGCAAGAAUAAGGGUCAAUGUACGAAGCAACCCGCAUUGUCGUAUAAGUGUACAUGUCCAGCUGGUUAUCAUGGAGCAAAUUGUGAACAUGAGAUCGACGCUUGUUAUGGAGAUCCAUGUAGGAACAAUGGAACGUGCAAAGUGAUUGAGGAAGGACGGUUCAAGUGCUACUGUGCGAAAGGAUUCCGAGGAGAACGAUGCGAAAUUAACAUUGAUGAUUGUGUGCACAGCAAGUGUCAGAACAAUGCAAAGUGCAUCGAUAUGGUAGGUUUAGUUUUUUUUUAAAUUACAGGGUGUCCCAAGAAAUUUGCAAAAGAAAUAGGUACAUAAAGAAAACGACCGGUAAAGUUUUGUAACAGAACUUUUGGCGUACCUUGUUUUGGGGUUGAUAUUGCACUGUAAAAAAAACUAGAGAGCUUUGGCUGUAUCACGAAUGAUAACCCGGUUUUCUCUAUGUGCGGCCCUCUAGUAAAAAGUUUUUUUAUCAACGUCUCUUGGCGGAAGGUACCUCUUAAUAUGUUCUAGUUUAAUACGAUGUGAUAUUAAUGUCAAAGUUUAUUUGUUUUUCAAUUUAACAUUAAAAAAGUCACCGGUAGUGCAAAUAACAAUAAUAUAUACAUAGUUGUAAUACAAUAAGGUUUUUAUAUUCUCAUAUAAUAAGUUUUUUGACCAUCUGAUGGCAAGUGUAAGUUCCAUCGUCGUUCUUCAUUUAAAAACUCAGCUGGGUAGAAUGGCACAACAUCAAUAUUGGUAUGAGGCAUCAAUGGAUGCUGACAACCAGGUUUUACCGUUCUUGGUUGAAACGGCUUUGCAUUAACGUUCAGGUGACGUUUAGUGUAGCCGGCAACGUAGAAAUUGGCUUCAAGAUUGAAUAGUUGCUUGUUAGCGUAGGUAUAGCCGACUGGUUCACUGGUGUCUGUAGCAUAGCCGGGGGAGACAGAAGAUGGUCUUGAUGUUCUUGACGAGGUACUGCUUUGGUUACACGAAAAAUGAAUAGGGUAGUUGGCUUCUGAGGGGUCGGGGGAGGUUCGGGAGCUACAACGACUAGACUGUGAUGCAGUGUUGUAGCCUGAUUCGUAGCUAGUCGAUGGUGAGCCAUGUCUUGUGGCUUGAUGUUGGCUGGGGAGUUGAGGUAGUGGGUGAGCUUGGUUGUAUUGCUUUUGUUCAAAGAUCAUUUGGGUAGUAGCGAACAUUUUUGGUUAAUCAAAUUUUUGAUUUGAUAGUUUAGUAUAAUCUGAAAUGAAAGAAAUAGUAAAACAUCGAUAAUUUGCUUUACAAUUAUAUACUAUAGCUAUAUAUAUAAAUGUAUACAAGUCUAAAAAAGUUAAAACACAACAAUGACACUAUAAUUUCAAGUUUAUUAUUUUAAAAAGGGUGAUUAAAAAGCCUGCCACUUACCAAAGCGAGUUGUUGGAUACACUGACGGAAGUAUAGCUGAUGCUGCCGUAUAAAUAGUGUAAAACGCGUAGAAAUUUACAAGGAUGAUAGUGCUCGGUUUUUCUUCGGGUUUUGUAUUUUAUCUUUAAUUAUGCGUUGCGCAAUAGCCCGUAGGCUCAUCAAGAGAGAGAGACUAUAGGAUUAUCAAGAGGGAGAGAUUGUAGACCUAUAAAGGGUAAGAGACCGCAGGCUCAUAGUAUCAACGGAUUUAUGAUGCAAUCGGUAAGAUUCCGCCGAGUCAAAUAGUCCGUUGGAAAUUAAUUUUUAAACUUGAACUUUGGUCUUUUUUGCUUUACUCUGUUCAGUAAUAUAUUGUUUUAUCUUAUCUCACCUUUCUCUAUUACAACCUUACUUUACUCUACCUUCGUCUAUUCUAUCAUACGAUACCUUCUACUAUCAUUAUCUACUUAUUAUAAGUCAUACCUUGUUUAACGCGCUGUUCUCGACUCUAAAAUCAGAUGUCUUACUAUACUGUUUUUACUCUUCUCUAUCCUACCUUAUUUUAACUCACUUUACCUUAUUUUCAUACUCUAUCAUACUAUACCUUCUACUAUCAUCUCUUCUACUAUUAUUUCUUUUACAUUCUUUUACUGGGCUGUAAUUUAUAACUUCUUGCACGGGUUGUUCUCAAAGCUACAUUGAGUUGUCUUACUAAACUUUAAUCUACUGUACUUGAUAGACUUUAUAAUGUUUUAUUUUUGUAGAUAAAUGGCUACAAAUGUGACUGCCCAACAAUGUAUAGUGGAAAAUAUUGUGAAAAGAAGCUGUCGUACUGUACAAAAGAGAUGAAUCCGUGCAAAAACAAUAGCAAAUGUUUUCCAUUGAAUGGUGGCAUGAAUUAUAGGUAACAUUCUAUUUUUUAACCCCGAAAGGUGGUCAUUGGCGUAUUUUACAUAUUUUUUUUUAACGUUUAGCUUUUACAAAGUGAUCUAAGUAUACGUGGGUCUAUAUUUGUUUAAUUAUACAAUACUAUAAUGUUGUAUUACACUAAAACAAUAUAUAUUCUCAUUCACUUCCAGCUGCAUUUGCUCCCCCGGCUUCAGUGGUACCAACUGUACCACCAACACAGACGACUGCCAAUCUCAUCAAUGUCAAAAUGGUGGAUUAUGUGUAGAUGGCCUAGGCAAAUACGAAUGCAACUGCCCAAUAGGAUACAGUGGCAAAUACUGUGAAGUAGCGAAUAGUAUGGCCAAUUUACUGUACAAUGACAACCCAUCAUCAUGCUCACCACAUACGUGUGCUCAUGGUCAAUGCGUACUGAAUGAAGAGGACGAACUAGAGUGUCGAUGUGAGCACGGCUACGAUGGUAAAGAUUGUGAUAAGAGGCGGAUUAUUGGAUUCAAUGAAAGGGAUAGCUAUGUGGCAUUACCUCCGUGGGAGACCAAUCCUCAGGGCAACUUGUCGUUUGUGGUUAGGACGGAAAAGAGGUAAGGGGGCGCAGAGCAUAAAUAAUGAGUAGGUAGUGUAAAUGUGUAAAGAUGGGGGUUAGGCGGGUAUUUUAGGUCUAUGAAUAAUGGUAGGCGGGGUAAAAAAACAUUUUUUUUUGUUUAAAAAAUUUCGAAAAAAAAAUUUAUCAGGGGGGGGUACGUUCAACUUUUCUGAAAAAAAUUUUUGUGGAGUGCAGUAGAGUAAAAGGUGAUUUAUUGGCAGUAGAAAAAUCUAUAUCUUUAUAAAAUUUUAAGUUUUUGAAAUUUUAAAAUAAUGUUGUUUCAGUGAAGGAGUGAUCGCUUACUACGGCGACAGUAAAGCCCAUCUGGCUUUGGAGUUGUUUGAAGGUCGAGUCAAAGUUAGCUUCUACGUUGGCAACUAUCCAGCUAGUCAUAUGUACAGUUAUGCCACCAGUAAGUUGAUUUCUUUCUAAAAGGUAAGGGUAGCGUAAGGUAGAGUGGGGUAUGGUAGAAUAGGGCAUGGUAUAUGUGGGCGGGGUAGAAUAAGGUAUGGUUGGGCAGGGUAGAGGAAGAUCGGGUAUGAGGGAAUAGGAUAUGUUAAAACAAGGCAGGGUAAACUAGGGUAGGGUAUUUUAAGGCAGAUAAACAUAGGAUAAGGUUGGGCGGGGCAAAGGGGGAGGCAAAAGAUGUGUUGAGUUAACUCAUACUAGGUAAAAUACGCUUUGGAUUGGAUGACUUGAAAUAUUAUAUUACAGUAAACGACGGUGUACAUCAUCAAAUGAAUGUAUCGAUAGAAGGUAACAAGUUCAGUCUGACUAUUGACCAGUUGGCAACCCAAAGUUUGGUUAAUUUUGGGAAAAUUCAAAAUUUCCAAUUGUCAUCGAAACAAUUCUUAUACAUCGGAGGUCUUCCAGAAGCUGUGGGAAAGAAGGCUGUCAAUGGAUUCCACAUCAAAACGGCCGAAAGCGUCAAAGGUAUGAUAAUAUUAGGUUGUUCAAAUAAUUCUGUGCUCUCUUUCAAAGCAAGUUUUUUGAGUUUGAGGGCACAGAAUUAUUUGAAAAAUUUAAUAUUUUUCAUUAAAAGAAAAUUUUUUUGUAAUUUUAGACCUCUUCGAUGUCUUGUCUAAUAAAAAUUGUCAUAUUUCAGGCUGUGUAACCAACAUUACCAUCAAUAACAAGCUGAUCAACUUGGAUGAGGAAGUUGUUGAGGAAAAGAAUGUCGUAGCUGGAUGUGUUGGAGUUGUGGACAUUUGUAAUGGAAUUCAAUGUGAAAAUAACGGAAAAUGUGUUCAGAAUGCCACAAAUAUUAAUGGGUUUUCCUGUCAAUGCAACGAUGGAUUCAGUGGGGAAAUGUGCGAAAAACGUAAGAUUUUUAAAUUUUAAAAAUUUUCUUUUUUUUUGUGGUAAAAUACGCCCUCAGUAAUGUUGUUUGUGUGUGGUGUAAAAAUUAGCUGCUUCAGGGCUUGUCUAAUUUUUGAAAAAUGAAACUUUUCUGGUUCUUUUGCACAGUGCAAGACAUUUUGUAAAACUUGUCAUAACUUAUUGUCACGACUGUCUAAAAAUGUAAAAUUGGCUGUUUAUUAUACUAGUUUUAAUGUAAUUUUAUUAUAUGUUAUCACACCAUUUUUACUAUAAAAGUGGCAUGAUGUACUCAAAAAAUGUUUGGCGUAUUGCACGGUGCAAUACAAAAAAUGUAAAAUUGGGAACAAUUGCACAAUGCAGGUUGUAAAACACGUCUUUUUAUUCUUUCUAGUUUAAAUUAUAAAGAUUUUUGUUUUGACUACAGGGCUUUGUCAAUAACUUAGUAUAUUUUAAUAUAUCUUUGUAACGAUUUGACUGCACAGUGCAGUGAUUCAAAUUUUUUAAAUUGCACCGUGCAAUCAAAAUUUGUCUUAUUUUUUUUAUACUCUACUACCCUACCUUUUUCUGUUCUACUCCACUGCUAAGACUGUUCUUCUUGACUUUAUGCCUCAUACCCUUAAACUAACUUCAUCUACCCUCACCCUAAUAAAAAAGAUUUAAAAAAAUUAAUUUUUUAAUUUUUAAAAAUUAAAAAAAAUAAUUUCAAAACAAAAAAAAUUAAAAUUUCCAUCCCUUCAGGUGAAAUCCGCUGCAUUAAAGAGAAGUUCCGUGAAUACAUAGAGGACGGUGAAUGUAGAUCACUCGAAAAGGUUAAAAAUGCCAGAUGUCUUGGUUGGUGUGGUAGUGAAGAUAAGUCGAGCCUAAAUCAACCAAUUUCUGGCUGUUGUGCAGCAGUUCGAAUUAAAAAGCGCAAAGUUAGGCUACAAUGUUUGGAUGGAAUGGAAAAGACCAAAAUUGUGGAAAUUAUUAGAAAAUGUCAAUGUUCAAAUGACUGUCAGGUCCCUAAAUCACCGUUUGUGGUAUGA